AUGACGCUGUUGAAAAAAGCAGCUCAAACGCCCCCUCCGAAAAGCCGAGAAAUGACCCCAAAUCGCUCGGGGACCCCCAGCCCACCCCCCGUGCCCACGUGUGCGGCACCAGGCCCCUCGUGCCAAGGCCCUCGCACGCUGCCCCCUCCCCUCGGGCCGGUCCCCGCGCCCCCGCCGGGGGUCCCCGAGCCCCCCGCCGCCCCCCCGGGGGACCCCGACAGCCCCGCGGCCCCCGGUGUGGGCGGGGGGUCCCGGCGGGUCCUUUUCGCCGACGCUCUGGGGCUGCCCCUGACCCGCCUGCGGCAAUACCGGCCCUGGGACCCUCGGGGGCGGGGGGGGCCGCCGGGGGGGGGCGGGGAGGGACCCCUCGUAGGGGGGGAGGGGGGCGCGGUGGGAGAGCCGCCCCCCCCCGGGAUCUGGAUGAGACCUGGGAAGGGCAGGCCACAGGAGGCGGAGGACGUGCAGCCCCCACCCCCCGACCACAGCACAGAGCCUGACCCUGCCCCAACGCCCCCCCCGGAUGUGGAGCAGCCCCCGGCACAGGGCGCUGAGGACGAGGCGGUGGCGCGGGAGCUGGAGCAGCUCUACCUGUCCCACCUGCGCCGGCUGCGGGGGGACCCCGGCGACAGCGACCCCCCCCCGAGAAACGGGGGCCCCCCCUUCCCCGAGCGAGCCCCCAACACCUCUCUGGCCAACGAGAUGGCCCUGCGCUACGAGGGUGGGGGGCGGUGCAGCCCCCCGGUGCUGCUGGGGAGGGGGGGGGCCGGUGGAGGGGGCGCUGGUGGUGCCGGCGCGGCCCCCCCGGGGGCGGGGGACCAGUUUGGGGGGGGCCCUCAGGGGGUGCGGGGUGGUCUUGGCUUUGGCCGUGCUGGUGCCGGUGGCCUGGGGGGACGGGGGGGGCCCCACGGCCGCGCUGGCCCUGGGGCUCUACCUGGCACUGGCCUGGCUCACGUGAGGGGGGGGGGGGAAGCCCCAUUGUCACCACCCAAAAUUGUCACCUCCCAAAUCGUCACAGCCCCCCCCCCCCCCCCAUUUCACCCUUGAAAACGUGGGACACCCCUAAAUCACUCGGGGGAGGGGGGGGGGGGCUGAGUUGUGGCGUGGGGUGAUCGAAGGGCACCUCCAAAUUGCCCCCCCCUCCCCGGGGUGGGGGCACUGUCACUUUGUGGGACCCCCCCCCCGACUCAUGUGCACCCCCCCACCCCCGGGUUUUGGGGCGCCCCUGUGUACAUACAGCCAUGGAACGACGGUG